UAGAUGCAAAAAAAAAGAAAACAACAAGGGAUAGUUAACCAGAAGGCAGAAGAAGCAGCGAUGUCACGACUCUUUUUACCAAAUCGUUUUUGUGCCAAAUGUUCCCUAAUAACAGUGCGUGGGUAUAAAGCAUUUCCGGCGCGAGCCGUAGCGCGUUACAAGCAGCAUCAGUCAGAUAAACUGAGUGCUUUUAUUCAACAGAGACGAUAUGGCGGAGAGGCAAAUCCAGCGUUUUUUAAAUACAGGUCAAAGUCCCGGAUUUGGGUAUGUGGGGUCGGUGUGGGGAUUGCUAUAGCUGUCGGGUUGAAAUACAACGCAGACACAUCCAGCAGUUCCUGUGAUGAUAGAGUGAAGGAGGCUCAGAGGACUGAUCGAUACAGCGCUGCCAUACAAGUUAGCAGGGACCUGGUGGAGCGGAUCAAGGAUGAGGUCGGGGCUCCAGGCCUGGUGGUGGGGGUCUCUGUGGAUGGUGCUCAUGUCUGGAGUGAAGGGAUCGGUUAUUCUGAUUUGGAGAAUCGUGUGCCAUGCGGCCCAGGAACAGUGAUGCGAAUCGCCAGCAUCAGUAAACCCCUCACCUCUGCAGCAGCUGCACGGCUCUGUGAGGAGGGGAAACUGGAGCUUGAUGUCCCUGUCCAGAAAUAUGUCCCAGAAUUCCCCCAGAAACAAUUUGAUGGAGAGGAUGUCACAAUAACCCCUCGAAUGAUUCUGUCCCACCUGAGUGGUAUCCGGCAUUAUGAGAAGGAUGCUAAGAAAGUGAGGGAGGACAGGGAGAAAGCAAAGCGUCUGUUGAAGGCAGAAAAGAAAGAGGAUGAGAAGAGCACAUCAGAAAACAAUGAUAAACCUGCAACUGAACAAGAAAACAAAGGCAAAGAAGCCACUAAGGCUCAGAAGAAAAAAGAGUUUGAACACGAGGAAUACUACUUAAAGGACAACUUUGAAGACGUCACUCACGCCUUGGACCUCUUCAAGGAUGACCCACUCAUUUUCAAACCUGGCACCACUUUCCUGUACUCCACCCAUGCCUUCACCCUGCUUAGUGCUGCUAUGGAGCGCGCUGCUGGAAAGCACUUCCUUGACGUUAUGAUGAACAUGUUCCGUGAGCUGGGAAUGCUCAACACUGUUCCCGAUGAGAAUGACCCUAUUAUUUACCACCGCUCCAGGUAAUCUUUAACAACAUCAC